UGGUGGGACUGGUGCCCAUCGUUCGGAUGCCUUCAAUUUUUGGCUUUUUCUUAGGCGUCUCGCGUUUCUAAAAGCGUAUGGAACCCUCUCAGUGUUGCCCUCGGUGGCUGUCAGAGCUUCAAUUUCAUAUCUUCAGGAAAGAUUCUUAUUAUGAUCACUUAAUGGCACUUGGAAAGAUUGGUUUUAGCGGUCUUCAAUCAGAGGUCUCACCUAGAAAAAUGGCUUGAUGGUGCACAAAACCGGAAGAGGAAGGGGAGUCUCACUUUUUUUUAGAAUUCUGACUUCUAAGGUCCCAUCUUAAAGGGGUUCUGAGUUCAGACUCUCUUAAAAUCUGCACUCAGGAAGUCAGGAUUUCAGGGGGGGAAAGUGCGUUGUUAUUUUUGGGGUCCGUCUGUGUUCACGGUUGUUUCGGUUUAUCAGUUGCUAGUGAUGCUGCCGACAGUUUUUGAUGUUGGAGUAAUGAAAUUUGGUGAAGUUUGGUUCUUGUAACCAAAAGGAGGAACACUGGUGUCAUUUUUGUUGAGUUAUUGCUUGAGAAACCAUGCUGGUUUUCUGAAGGUUUCUGUAAGGCCGCGUAUGGGUGUUGAGUACUAGGAAGGAGCAUAGUUGGGUUCUUUCCUUUUUCCUUUCCUCUCCAUAAUUUGUCGCGUACGCACCAGGUGAUACCAACGAGAGAAUUUUGCUCUCUCUUGUUUUUGUUGGACAUGGAUUUGUGGGCAAAAGCCGAGCUAUGGAAUUGGGCGAUCGAUCAUUUUGGAUAAGAUUUUCUUCCUGUCCUUCUUCCUGCUAUUGAUUAUCUACUCUUCUACGGUCUUCUGAAUCUGCGACAGAGUUUUUGUUCAGAAGCUCUUCCUUUUCAGUGCCUGUCUUCAUCUGGUUCCAUGGCGUCAACUACACGGCAGAUUAGUUUCCAUGAGAGGAAGAACGCCACAGAAUUACAAACUAGGAGGCAGCUUAGUUUCCAUGAGAGGAAGACAACCAGAGAAUUACCAACUACAAGGCAACUCAGUUUCCAUGAGAGGAGGAGCACCAGAGAAUUACCAGCUCAAAGGCUUCCUAGUUUCCAUGAAAAGAAGGGCACAAGAGAAUUAUCAAUGAAGAGGGGUGAUACCCCUUUGCAUUUGGCUUGUAGAGCUGGAGAUCUUCUGAGGAUUCAGGAGAUUAUCCGUGAGGCAGGGAAAGACGGGCUGAAGGGAUUGCUGUCGAAGGAAAAUCAAAGUGGCGAGAUCCCACUUUACGUUGCGGCAGAGAACGGCCACGCCCGCGUCGUUGCCAAGCUUUUGAAAGUCUAUGAUGUCGAAACUGCUUCUGUGAAGGCCAGGAAUGGUUAUGACUCCUUUCAUAUUGCUGCCAAGCAGGGCCAUGCUGAGGUUUUGAAAGAGAUACUUCGUCUGUUCCCUGAAUUAGCCAUGACUGCGGACCUCUCAAAUUCAACAGCAUUGCACUCCGCUGCGUAUCAGGGCCAUAUUGAUGUCGUUGAACUUCUACUAGAGACGGAUGCUAGUUUGGCUAAGAUAGCAAGAAGCAAUGGGAAAACCGCCCUUCAUUCUGCUUCGAGGAUGGGGCAUGUGCCUGUAGUGAGAGCCCUUCUAACGAAGGAUACAAGUUUGUGUUUGAGAACUGAUAAAAAGGGGCAGACUGCACUGCAUAUGGCUGUAAAAGGACAAGUUGUUGAGGUGGUAAGAGAUAUGCUCCGAUUUGAUCCUAGUGUGAUAGGUUUGGAGGAUGGCAAGGGAAAUACAGCUCUUCAUAUUGCAACCCGCAAGGGCCGUCUUCCGAUGGUAGCAGCUCUCUUAGGUGCUGAGGGUUUAAAUAUAAAUGCUGUGAACAAGGCUGGCGAAACUGCACUGGAUAUUUCUGAAAAGAAUUCAAAUUCAGAAAUUGCUGCUAUUCUAAGAGAAAGAGGUGCAGAAACCUCCAAGGCAAGUUCAAAUCCACCCACAGCUGCAAGGCAACUUAAACAGACAGUUAGUGAUAUAAAACAUGAGGUCCACUCACAGAUUCAGCAAACUCAGCAGACCAGGGUGAGCGUCCAGAAAAUCACAAAGCGGCUAAAGAAGAUGCACAUACAGGGGCUCAACAAUGCCAUCAAUUCUGCCACAGUUGUUGCAGUUCUUAUUGCAACAGUGGCUUUUGCUGCUAUAUUUACUGUACCGGGUCAAUUUGCUGACACAACUAAUCCAAAAGAAAAAAUUACACGUGGACAAGCUUAUGUGGCUGGGGAGGCUGCCUUUAUUGUGUUCCUGAUAUUUGACUCUCUGGCACUCUUCAUAUCUUUAGCUGUCGUCGUUGCUCAAACAUCCAUUGUUGUCAUAGAGCCAAAGGCGAAGAAGAGGUUGAUGUUUGUUAUUAACAAGCUUAUGUGGAUUGCUUGUCUUCUUAUAUCCAUAGCCUUCAUCUCUCUCACAUAUGUUGUGGUUGGCCACCGUUCGUGGUGGUUGGCUGAAUCAGUUACAGCUAUUGGUGGUUCAAUCAUGUUGGUGACCAUUGGCUCCAUGACAUACUGUGUUGUCAGGAACAGAAUGGAGGAAUCAAGCUUGAGGAACAUAAGGAGAGGAUCGGAUAGUCGGUCCCAUUCCUGGUCGAAGUCUGCAUUGUCAGAUAAUGAACUGUUGAACAAGGAGAAGAGGGUCUACGCACUUUAGGCUUUUAUCUUCACCGGAGCCUCUUAAACUUAGGAAGUUGCUGCUUGUUGGCCUUCCACCUUGCAGAUGAAUGCAUUAACCCACCUAUCUCACAGGAGUCGAGUGGUACGUGGCCAACCUUCUUGGUAAUAUUUAGAUGGUGAUGAAAACUGUUCUGAAGAUGCGGGAGUCCCCCACUGAGCUCUGUAAUGCUGUGGAGAGUUCUCCUUUUCAGAGUUUUGAAACAACUCUAUUUUGAGGAAAUAAAAAUGGGAUUUACAGUAUGAUUUUGGUUCUUGGAAUCUUUGGUGUAAUGAGAGCUGCAGCCUGCAGAGUCCUAAAACAGAGAGAAGAUGCACAGACACUUGCAUGAUUAUUGUGAUGAGUCCGAGUGAUCCACUGCGAAUGCAGACUCUUGUAACCGUAAGGCUAAUGAAAAGUUAAUACA